AGUGUAGUUUCUCUCAUAUUUUCCAGUGUCUGUGGUGUAAACCCCGUGUGACGUGGCGCGCUGUGAUUGGCUGAGCGUGUGCGCGGGGGGCCUCUGGAUAAACGUGCACACAAGAGCCUCUUUUCACAGUUUAAGUCAGAGCUCAGAUUGACGACAGCGUGUUUGAGUCUGCAUCAUGACCUCAGACCUGACGGCAGAGCUGGAGCUGGAGCUGGGGGACUUGUUGCAGGAGUUCCAGGAGGUGGUGGAGGUUCUUAAAGCUCCGUCUCAGACCAGAGCUCAGUCCUAUCACCACGUCCUGCAGGAAGCAAAGGGCAGGGCAGGGCAGUGUGAUGACAGUGGAGUGGAAGACUUCGACAGUAGCAGCGAGGCGUCUUUUGGAAACAGUCUGAACAGCAGUGAGGAGGAGCUGAACACAGCAGGUCUAAUGCAGACAGCCAAAGCCAAGAUGGGAGACACGAGGGAGCUGGAGAGUUUUAUCGACAUGUUGGAUCGAGAACUUGCUGAAAUGUAAAAAGGACUAAGACGAGCCGACCGGACCAGGGGAGACGUGAGCUGCAGAGCCGUGCGUCCAACCACAAGAGCAACACUUUUACUCUCUGCAGUGAUGUUGACCUCAUUUACAAAAUAAAAACAGGACAUCAUAUUUUAAAGAAACUGCAGGCGGCGGGUCACUGCCGUCUGGUCUCACAAAAACAGAGGAAAAAUGAGAAAUAUUUCAAUUUUAUUUCAAAAGACUUUUAAUUUUCAUUUGGACAUUUUCUGCCCCGUGGGCUCAGGUUCACUGUAUCAUAUGUU